AGCAGCAUCUGUACUCAGGUCAUUUUUGACCACAGAAGAAGAGACACAGCGAUAUCAACAGGGGAAGCUCACAUAUAAGGAAGUGCAAAGUGCCUUAUAUCCCAGCUCGGUGAACCCCUUCAAUCUGAACACAAGACGAUGGCUGAUAAAGUGGCUGACUUUCCCAGUGGCCCGCUGGAUAUCUACAGGAACAAAGCCUCUUUCAACUGGAAGGACAUGCUCUGCUUCUUAGACGGAGAGGAAAUCAUUGCAUUCAAGCAACAUGUGUUCAAGACACUUGAGAAUGACCCUUUGUUUGCACGUCAGCCCGGUGAAGACGUCCCUCUCGCGAAAAUGAGAGAGCUGACCUUCUUCAGGUUAAAGCAGCUCAUCCGCUACAACUUUCUGACAAAAGAAGAGGCGAUGGCUAACCCCUGGAAGGCUGUGACUCUCAAUAGUUGCCUGGGCAUGUAUGACUGUUCCUUGGCGGCCAAGUACUUUCUCAACAAAGAGAUUUAUGGAUCAACUAUUGGAAACUUAGGAUCAGGGAGACACAGCAACUAUGUUGAAAACAUUCGAGACAUGACGAUGUUUGGAUGCUUUGGAAUGACUGAGCUGAGCCACGGCAGCAACACCAGAGCCAUGAGGACCACAGCAACAUAUGACCCCUCCACCCAGGAGUUUGUGAUCAACUCUCCUGACUUUGAGGCCGCCAAGUUCUGGGUGGGGAACAUGGGUAAGACUGCGACCCACACUGUGGUGUUCGCUCAGCUCUACACGCCUGACCAGGUGUGCCACGACCUGCACUCUUUUGUUGUGCCGCUGAGAGAUCCCAAGACCCUGCUAGCUCUGCCUGGUGUGCUGGUUGGAGACAUGGGCAAGAAGCUGGGGCAGAACGGACUGGAUAAUGGGUUUGCUAUGUUUCAUAAUGUGAGGAUCCCUCGGGAGAAUCUGCUGAAUAAGACGGGAGAUGUUACUCCUGAUGGUUGCUACGUUACACAAAUUAAGGACCCCAACAAGCGUCUCGGGGAGUCUCUGGGUGCCCUGUCAGUUGGCAGGGUGUCUAUCACCAGGAUGGCUUUGGUCAACCUGAAGCUGGCUCUGAUUGUCGCCAUCCGCUUCUCAUCCACCAGGAGACAGUUUGGACCCAAAAACACAGAGGAGAUUCCUGUUUUGGAGUACCAGUUACAGCAAUGGCGUCUGAUCCCGUACCUGGCAGCAGCGUAUGCUCUUGAACACUUCUCCAAAUCCAUCUUCAUGAACUUUUUUGAGUUCCAGAUUGGACAGAUGAUGAGGGAGAAGAGUGACAGACAAGCAGAGAUGGGCAGGGAGAUCCAUGCUAUAGCAUCCUCUAGUAAACCGCUGGGCUCAUGGAUUGCUCAGAGAGGGAUUCAGGAGUGUAGGGAGGCCUGUGGUGGACAUGGAUACCUGGCCAUGAACCGGCUGGGUGAUCUGCGUAAUGACAAUGACCCAAACUGCACAUAUGAAGGAGACAACAACGUCUUGCUGCAACAGACCAGCAACUACCUGCUCAGCUGGCUCCAUGCUAAACACCGCGAUGGUGUGCGCAUUCGGUCUCCUCUUCACACUGUGGAUUUCCUGGAUGAUUCCCACAAGAUCCUGGAAAGCAGGUUCACAGCAAGAAUGAUGGAGGAGUGUAUGGACUCUGCAGUGCCACUGGCAGCCUAUAAGUGGCUGGUGUGUUUCCUGCUGGAAGAGAGCCAGAAGAGGCUGGAGCAGGAGAUGGCCUCGGGAAAGGAGGAGUUUGAGGCCCGUAACAACAGCCAGGUCUACCACUGUCGCUCCCUGGCCAUCGCCUACAUAGAACACAACUGCCUCCAGAGGUUUCAUGAGCUGACUACUGAUACGGACACACCAGCUGGUCUCAGACCUGUACUAAGCAAGCUGUGUGCCCUGUAUGGGCUGUGGAGCCUCAGCAACCACAUGGCCACACUCUACCAGGGUAAUUACUUGAGUGGAAGGAAACCCACAGACUUUGUCCAGAUGGCCAUUCUCACUCUCUGCUCCCAGCUGAAGGAUGAUGCAGUAGCAUUGGUGGAUGUUUUGGCACCUACUGAUUUCAUUCUCAACUCACCUAUUGGCAAUGCUGAUGGACAGCUUUACAAGAACCUGUGGUCGACAGUGAUGCAGGGCAGCCAGGUGCUGGAACGGCCUUCCUGGUGGAAAGAGUUCUGCUCAGACAAGCCGGUGGUCGGAUCCCUCCGUCCAAAACUCUAGAACCAACUCAACGACCUCCCUCUACAACCCUGGACAUGUGUCUGGAGUGUCCACAUUCUAACUCUGUAAUUCUAAGUGCAAUUUAGAAUGUAAUGUCCAUACACACAACAUAUUGCCAAAAAAGUGUCCAAAAUGUUGUAUACAGAGUACCUUAUCAACUGUUUAUUAUGAAACGCUGGAAUCCUGUGCACUCUUUAGAACUCUUGAUUCCUGGUCCGACGCUAAACAAAUCAAAAAGACUUCGACACACUUAUAGACACAUGUACUACAAAUGAACACCCAUAGGAAAGAACAGAUGUGACACAAAAAAGCGUUAAGAACUUUAAACUUACAUUAGUUAAUUUCUAUUGAAUGACCUACUAAACAAACAUCCAGCAGGGACACAUGCACAGCUAACAGUUUGCAGCUGUAGCUGACAAGCUAACUAGCAAGUAGCAGCUUAAUAGGUCCUAGGCCUAAAAAAAGGCUUAAAAGGGUUGAAGUGCUGCUACUAUUUUGGAGCCAGAAGUGACCAUAUCUGGACAAAACGAUGGAGCUGGUUAGGAUGACGCGGCUAAGCCAGUGUUUCAGUGGCACUAUGCUAAAAAAGGGAAAAUCGCAGAUUUUCAACCAUUAUGACCCGAGAACCUGAAAAUUAGCAUGAUAUGGGACCAUUAAAAACUUUUUUUAAAUUUUAACAUUGGUCCAUUAGAGGCUAAAUGAUGCUUAUUCUUCAACACACUGUCUGGCCUUAGCUUAUAAGCUAAACUGAAUUAUACAUUUUAAUAAUGCAAUAAUGUAAUUUUUGCAUUAUUUAAAGUAGCAAGGAUUAAACUAGCAAGGAUUCCAGUGCAGCUUUGUUUGUUAUAUUUUAAAAAUCAUUGGUAUGGCCAAACUGAGGAUCAUGACAAGUAGGCUAAAUAGCAACCAAGGACUCCUAGUUAACACAAUGUAACUUUGAAGUGUUAAAUGAUCUUUAUUGUAUUCACAAGAACUUUUGGCCCGCCUUAUUGUCGCUUUUUCCAACAUUCUUUCCACCAUUUCUGACA